AUAAGGAUAAGGUGGCUGUCUCGCUCACUCCCCUGAAGAAAACAAAGACGAGCUCCCUCCCCUCUCCCCUCCAGCUCCUCCGAUGGCGGCCACACCUCACUCGGUGACCACCCUCGACGACGUGGAGGGGCUGCUGCGGUACUCUACGGGGAAGGGGGCGGAGGUCCCCUGCUGCCAGCUCGAGGAGGACGCGGCCAUCAACGCCGCCGUCAAGGUCAAGGCCAUGGUCGACUCCGGCGCCGUCCGCCUCGUCAACCCGUGGAUUCUGGCCAACAAGCUGCACUUCAAGGCCGCCGUGCAAGAAUGGGUAGAUGAGAUGAUCGACCGGUUGCCGUUCUCGCCCCGGGAGAUGCAGGCCCUGGACGAGAGCAUCGCCAUGCUCAAGAACAGGCUCCAGACCCCCUACGCCGUCGCCUACCCGGGGUCCAUGGAAGAAGAAGCAAUAAACUCUGAGGUGCAGUCUCAACGGGUGUCGUGGGCUAUGGACCUCAAGGGGCUGGAGGUUAAGAAGAAGGUGCUGGAAGAGCAAGGACCGGUGGCACUGGAGUCGUUCCAUGGCCUGCUUGACAUUACGCUGCAGAUGCCUUCAUUCAUGGGCGCCGGGAGCACAGACUACAAGUUCCUCACCCAUUCUGGUCAGCUCGAGCUAGAUGACAUGGAAUAGAACCAUUGAGUUACUACUAGCUAGCUACCGUAUGCUUUGCUCGAAUGUCAGGUAGACUCCAUUGCCAUUUUGACCGUGAACUGUCUAUCUAUCUAUCUAUCCUGGGCCAGAAGUUAGUUUUAUAUGUAGGUCAGGUAAUGAGAGUACUGUCUCUCCUCUGAAUGAUCACCGUUUGCAGAAAAGAACGGCCGUGGUUAACCGGCGUAGUGGUCGUGAGAACCUUGAAUGGAUGGUGUGCUUUGUGGUUGUGGAAUUGGUAGCUAUGGAACCUUCCUGGGUUAUGUGUGUAAGCUAGUGUUGUUGCUUGAUUGCUAAGUACGCAUGUUGCUAUUUCUGCA